UGUGGCAAGUGGUGAACGAGGAUAUAGUGAUCAGUGGUAUGAGUGGCCGAUUCCCGGAGUCCGACUCCACCGAUGAGUUUGCCGACAAUUUAUAUAAUAAAGUCGAUAUGAUUACUGUUGACGACAGGCGAUGGCCAACAGAUUUGUAUGGUAUGAACCCACGUAUGGGUAAACUGAAAAAUAUUGACAAAUUUGAUGGUCUAUUCUUUGGYAUCACCAGCACUAUGACCGACGUGAUUGAUCCGCAGUCACGUAUUGUGUUGGAGACCACCUACGAGGCCAUAGUUGACGCCGGUAUAAAUCCUCAAUCACUCCGAGGCUCAGACACUGGCGUUUAUAUCGGCUUCUCGUCGUUCGGAAUGCCCGAAGGUCUGCCYGAAGACGUACAGCCGGACUCUCARUCUACUAUGACUGAAACCCUGUUAUGGUUACCGGGCGCUCAAAAGUGUUUGUACGCCAAUCGCAUAUCAUUUGUAUAUGACUUCAGAGGUCCAUCAAUGAUCAUCGACACGGCCUGUUCAUCGAGUUUAGUGGCAUUCAAUACGGCAUUCAAUGACAUUAGAUUAGGGAAGUGCCGACAGGCCAUAGUCGGCGGCACUCAGAUAUGUUUGCAGGCUCUGUCUAACCAUAUAUUUCAAUCGACUCGAUUGAACGCCGCGGAUGGUAUUCCCAAAGUAUGGGACGAGUCAGCCGACGGAUUUGUUAGGGGAGAAACUGUUAGUUGUUUUUUAUUGCAACGAAAAUCAGAUGCCAAACGCAUUUACGCCACUGUAUUGAACAGUGGUGUUAAUAUUGACGGCAAUAAACGGAUGGGUAUGUUCUUCCCUUCUGCUGAAAGUCAAGAAGAGCUUAUGGUUCAGGUCUACAAAGAGGCUAAUGUCGACCCCAGAGAUGUCAACUAUUUYGAGGCGCACGCGACUGGAACUAAGGUAGGGGAUCCGCAAGAAGCCCGAGCCAUAUAUAAUGCUUACUGUGGAAAACCUAAACGCGAGGGAGUACUACCAGUUGGCUUAUUAAAGAGCAAUAUCGGUCACGCGGAGGGCGCCUCCGGGGCAUCGUCUGUGACUAAAGUACUACUCGCUUAUGAAAAUGAAUGCAUUGCUCCGAGUCUUCAUUUAAAUAAAAUUAAAGAAAAUAUCAAAGAAUUGUGUCCACCACUACAACCUGUUACUGAAAAUAUGAAAUAUACACCGGGUAUUGCCGGAAUCAACAAUUUCGGUGUUGGCGGUGUUAACGCACACGUAUUACUUGAGCCAAACUAUAAAGUGGCCGAUGAGGACAGUCUCAACAUUGCGGACACUAUUCCCAGAAUUGUUAAUAUUUGCUGCAGAACUGAGUCGGCAUUAAAUAGUUUCUUCAAAUGGAUUGAAGACAAUCCACAGAAAGUCAGCCGUGAUUUGCUGGCACUGGUAACAAAUAUUAUGAAAGUCGAGCCUUAUAUUACUUCAUCAGGAUUUCCAUAUAGAGGCUCAAUAAUUAUUAAGAAAACUUGUGAUAAUAAGUAUGACUAUAAGAAACAGUGGUCACUGUUUACAUUAAAAUCAAAACGACCCAUAUAUUUCUUAUUUCCUGGACUGGGAGGUCAAUGGGUAGGUAUGGCUAAGGCAUUGAUGCCAAUCAAGAUAUUUGCCGAUAAAAUAGAGGAAUGCCAUGAAAUACUCAAACCCUAUGACAUUGACUUAAAACAUCUGCUAUUAUCUGAUGACAACAACUCUAUGAACUCAAUGACCAAUAAAUUCUGUGCCACAACUGCUAUAGAGAUUGCAUUGUUUGAUGUUAUUAAUGCUUUGGGUAUAACACCCGACGGUAUUAUUGGACACUCAUUCGGUGAAAUAGCCGCUGCCUAUGCUGACGGAGCACUGACUGCCAAAGAGGCACUUUUAGUGACAUAUUAUAGAGGAGUUGUGACAGAAAGUGAUAAAAAGAUACCAAAGGGACUGAUGGCUGUGGUAGGGAUGUCAUGGAGUGAGGCAAAGAAAAUCUGUCCGAAAGGCGUGUCUGUUGUGUGUAACAAUGGUAAAGACACUGUUGUCAUAUCAGGUUUAUAUAAAGAGACGAAACAAAUGGUAGAAGAGGUGAAUAAAAAGGGAGUUUUUGUUCGUGAACUGCAAAGUCAUGACAUCCCAUAUCAUAGCGAAUAUCUCAUGUCUUCAGCUAAUAAAUUGAUUAAUGAAUUGAAGAAAGUGGUUCCCAAUCCAAAGCCGCGAUCAAAGUCUUGGAUCUCAACAGCACUGCUAGACUCAGAUGUGGAUGACGUGCUAAAGACCGCGUCAGCCGAGUAUUUUGUGCAUAACCUCAUUAGUCCCGUAUAUUUCUAUAAUAAAUUCAAGAAUAUUCCUUCAGAUGCUAUUGUUCUGGAGAUCGGACCGCACGGACUCUUCUCCAAAGCAGUUAAAGAAACUCUUGAAUCGGGAACUUAUGUAUCACUUAUCAGAAAAGACUCCAACGAUACAAAUCUCGAUAUGUUAUUGACAUCCAUUGCAAAGCUCUAUGAGUUGGGUUUAAAUCCUAAUAUUGAAAACCUAUACCCGAGAGUUGAGUGGCCAGUGGCCCGAAGCACACAAUCGAUUAGUUCGCUUAUCAAAUGGGAUCACUCGUACUCAUGCAAUGUCCGUAAGUUUCCGGACUAUUUCUUUCGGUCGACAGCUUCCGAUUUGAAUGAGAUCUACAAUCCAUCGCAAACAAUGAAAGCCUUUCUACCGGAACACUGUAUCGACGGAAAUAUGUUAUAUCCGGCCACCGGUUAUCUUAUGCUCGCCUGGCGUCGUAUGGCCGCACAGUACGGCAAAUUGUGGAACCAGUUGCCGGUCGUCUUUGAGGACGUUCAGUUUCGGCGACCGAUAUUCUUGUCGGACACAGACAUCACACGUAUUAAAGUCAAGUAUCACGACGUGUCCGGAGAGUUUGCUAUCUUAGAGGCCGGUAAUGUCACGUGCGUUGGAAAGGUUCGCACGACAGACGAGUACGCACUGUCUCUACAAAAUAUCUUAAUAGAAGAGACGGAAGGAUUAGCUUCAAAAGACUUUGAAACUACACUUACGGCAGACGAUAUUUACAAAGAUCUUAAGAUAUUGGGCUACGAUUACGGCCCAAAAUUUAGGCGAAUUCAGAACAUUAAGACCGACAACUUUGAUCGCCUGUACGGUGAGAUCCAAUGGGAUGGAAAUUGGGUCACAUUUAUGGACUCUGUGCUUCAGACAAUGGCCAUUGCAAUGGCUUUCCGAAAGAUGAUGGUUCCGGUGAUGAUUAAGUCGCUGAGAUGCGACCCGAAGACAUUGUACGAAGGAGUGGCUAAGUAUAAGCAACAGUUUGUUGAUCCAAAAUACGAAGAAAAAGUUUCCGAUGACGCCAUCAAUGAUCUGAUUGAGAAGAGAGUGGAGAACGAUGAGGUCAAAGAAGUAGAGGGAAUACUUAACACCAAUAGUGUCGAGUAUAUUGAAGAGCUGUUCGGUAAAGAGUUUUACAUUUAUCCAUCAGUUAUACCAUUUAUGGUUGACAUGAAUUCCCGUAUGAUUAUCACACACGGCGUCGAAGUAGAAAAUCUGUUGGCACUUCCCAUACAAAGGAAACAACAGACACAAGAUUUGCGACUCGAAUCCUAUCAGUUUUUGCCAAACGAGGACAGUAUGGCUAUUGACGAGUAUAAUAAACAAACCGUCAAAGAUUAUAUAAAGAUUUGCUCAUCGAUGGCAAACCUAAUAAAACAAUCAAUUGAUACAAACAAUAAUAAUAACAAUAAAUGUAAUAAAUCUGUCGAUGAAUACGUAAAAAAGUCUUUGUCUGAUAUUAAAGAUAAUCAUAUUAUGCUUAAGACACUCAACGAGUUAUAUAAAGGAUGUUUGGAUGAAAAUCGUAAUAUCGAUACAAAUCAGGUGUUAAGUGAUUUGCAAAAGAAUAUGGAAUAUGAUAUGUCUUUUGAUAUCAUCAAUGAUAUCACAAAAAAUGAGCAUUUGAUCCGUGCGUUUGUCGAUAUUGUCAGUGAGAGUAUUGUACCGAAAAAAGAGAUCAAUGUUUUGGAAGUUAACUUAACAAACGGUUUAUUAGUCAAAGAAAUAGAUAAUCAAUUGGCCACUUCUCACAUCUAUCCGAUUGAUGUCAACUAUACGGUGGCCGUCAAGUCAUUGGAUUCGAUAAGCGAUGAUCUUAAGAAAGAGUCGUUUAAGUGGAUUGAAUGGGACUACAAGAAGUCGGUGUUUCCCAAUGAUAUCCCAUCGGCUAAUUUUGUGAUAAUACGCGACUCGUCCGACAUGUGGGAAGUGGACACAGAAAAACAAUUGCAAGACGUUUUCGAUCUCAUCGCUGAUAAAGGAUUCUUAUUGUGUGUCUUCAGGUAUCAGUUCACUGAACCAGAGUUGGCAUUGAAUCAGAUGAACGGUAAACAACAUAUCGAUAAUUUUUGUUUAAGCAAACGUAUCACAGAUUUUGUCAAAACGGCACAAUCUGUUGGUUUCAACAUAAUUGGCCGCAAAACUGACACAAUCGGAUCAGUGGCCAUAAUGUUCCGCAAAUUGUUCACAGAACCAAAAGUACCAAAAAAAGAUAAUAUCAUUGAAAUAAAUACCACAAAUACGGAGAAAUGGUUUGAAAAACUAAAAGAAAAAAUUAUCGAAAUGCAGGAAAACGACGAAACAGAUGAAAACUUAUGGCUCAUUGCAAACGACUCACAAAAGAACGGAAUCGUUGGUCUCGUUAAUUGCUUACGUCUGGAACCGGGAGGUGAGACAAUCCGAUGUAUCUUCGAUUACGACAAUUUGACCAAAACAGUCAACUUUAAAGAGAAGCCGUUCUCUGAUAUAUUGUCUAACGAUCUGCCAAUAAAUGUGUUGAAAAACGGAAAGAUCGGUACUUACAGACACUACACUCUGACUAAAGAUUAUGACAAAAAAGAGUCGACUGAAUACUUCCUCAAUGUUGGCCACAAUCGCGAUUUGGCUUCAUUGCAAUGGUAUGACCUCAAGAAUCUGGUGUCGGCUGAAGAAAGUUACGAUUUUAUCAAUUUGCCGGCAAAUAAGAUACCGUGUAAUAUAUACUGUGCCGGUAUGAACUUCAGAGACGUCAUGUUUGCCACAGGCCGUAUCGCUUCGGGUCCUCAGAUGCUGUUCACCGAUUGUCUCAUCGGUUUCGAGUUUGCCGGACGUCGUAUUGAUACCGGAGAGCGGGUCUGUGGUUUCGAUAUGAGCAGAUGCUAUGCCACGUCUAUUGAUGUGAACUCAGAUUUAGUGUCACCCGUACCGGAUAACUGGUCGAUGGAAGAUGCCGUCACCAUACUGUCCACUUAUAGUACUGUAUGGUAUGGACUGAUUGAAAGGGCACAUAUGGUUAAAGGUGAAUCAAUUUUGAUACAUUCGGGCGCCGGUGGUGUGGGUCAGGCAGCCAUCAGUAUCUGCCAGUACUACGGCUGCGAUAUCUUUGUGACCGUCGGUACCGAAGAUAAGCGCAAAUUCUUGAUUGAAAAUUAUAAGAUACCUGAAGACAGGAUAUUUAGCUCAAGAAAUACUCAAUUCAAGUAUAGAAUUAAAGAGAUAACUAAAGGAAAGGGCGUCGAUAUGGUUCUCAACUCACUGUCCGGCGAUAAACUGGACGCCAGUUAUGAAUGUGUUGCCGAUUGCGGUCGCUUUGUUGAGAUCGGUAAAUAUGACCUACAAAUGAACAAACAGUUGGGAAUGUUUGCCUUCUUGAGAGACAUUUCGUUCAUUGGUGUGUCGGUCGACCAAAAACUUUAUCUUAAAAGAGGAUUCACUAAGAAGUUCUUUGAUUGGAUGCACGAAAACGCUACUAACGGUAUGAUACGUCCGAUCAAUAAGAAUGUCUUUGAGGCCGAAGAGAUUGAGAAGGCUUUUCGAUACAUGACUACCGGUAAACAUAUCGGAAAGAUUGUAAUUCGUAUGAGAGAUGAGGAAGAGGCCAAAGUGGCCAAAACGGGUUUCAAUCCGUCCAAGAAGUUAAUGGUCACCAGAAAAACUUAUUUCAACCCUAACAAGACAUAUAUCAUUACAGGAGGUUUGGGUGGGUUUGGUAUGGAGUUUAUACAUUGGAUGUUGUUUUUGGGCGCCCGUAGGUUUGUACUCACCUCAAGAAAGGGCGUUAGAACUGAUUAUCAGAAGUUUAUUUUGGAGCGAUUGAAGGCAUUGGGCGGCAAAUUGAAACAAUUUGAUACAAAUGUUUUAGUCUCAACUCAUGACACCAAUACUAGCGAAGGAACUAAACAGUUGUUAAGCGAAGCACAGAAAUUGGGACCAAUUGGUGGUGUUUUCCAUUUGGCUCUCGUACUCAACGACUGUCUUCUCGAAAACCAUACUUUUGAUAAAUUUCAGGAAACUAUUGAUUCUAAGACUAAGAACUUCGAGAACUUGGAUCGCAUAACACGUGAAUUGAGUAUAGAUUUAGACUAUUUUGUUGUCUUUUCGUCCGUCGCUUGUGGUAAAGGAAAUGCCGGACAAUCUAACUAUGGAUUUGCUAAUUCUGUUUGUGAGCGCAUAUGUGAAUCUCGACGUAGAGAUGGACUGCACGGUCUGGCCAUUCAAUGGGGACCUAUCGGUGAUGUCGGUGUGUUGGCUGACUCUGAUAUCAACAAUUCUUUGGCUGCUGUGGUUAAACAAAGAGUUAAUUCUUGUUUAGAAAUUAUGGAUAAAUUAUUGCAAUCAGAUAACGCUGUGGUUUCAUGUUUGAUGAGAGCUAAGCGUGAAAUUACGAGCGGCACUAAAGAGUCCAAACUUGUGAAUCAGGUUUGGGUGGCACUGGGUAUCGAUCCCAAGACAACACCCAAUCACUUAACAUUAGGUGAGAUCGGUAUGGAGUCUAUGUUUGCAGUGGAACUACAACAGGGAUUGGAAAGAGAAUAUAACAUUAAAGUAACGCUGAAUGACAUAAAAAACAUCACCAUUGGUAUGAUGAAGGACUUUGAAAAGGGAAAGGUAGACGAAAUGAAACAGUUUGCCGAUGAAAUCAAGAGUUGUAGAGCCAAACUGUCUAAAGUUAAGUUUAUUAUACCCAACGAACAAUAUACCCGACUAAACAACGUAACCACUGGUAAACCCAUUUACUUUUUGCCACCACUGGAGGGCAUAUUUGCUUCGCUGGAAGGAUUAGCUCAAAAACUUGAUCGUCCAGUCAUUUGUCUUAAUUGGAUCCGAGAGAUGGAAAAUCUCAAAACGAUUAAAGAGAUUAACCGCUACUACUGUAAUCUGAUGAAAGUAUUGGAACCGAAAGGCGAUUUCGAUAUUUUGGGACAUUUUUACGGUGCACUGUUGGCUAUGAAAAUGUUGAAGAAAGCACCGGUAGGCAAAGCAGUCAUCAUAGACAUGCUUUCAGAGGUGACAAUUGAUGAAGAGAUGAUAACCGACGACUAUUUGAUGGACACUAUUAUAGCGAUUAUUACAAAAGACAUGCCGUAUGUAAUGAAAGUUAAACUUAAAAGAGAUAUAUCUACUAAACCGGAUGUGCCGUCGAAACUGGAGAUGAUAUCGGCAGAAGUCAGAGGGUUCUGUGGCAAGUCGUUGACCGGCAAAGAUUUGGAUGAAAUUUUAACCAAUAGUUUCAAACGGGCAAAACUUUUUACAACUCAUCGGUUGAAUAUGAAAAACAAAUAUAAAAAGAUGAAAAUGGAUGUGUUAUCCAAGUAUAUGAAAAUUAAUGGUAAAGUACUGGUCAUCAAACCGUACGACUUUUCAAAUGAUGUCAAACCCGAAGAGAUUAGCGAAAAGAUUAAAAAUGCAUACUUUUUGCCCGAAAAGGGUUUGGAAGGAAAACUCAACUUCGAGACCGUCGAAGCCGGAGAUAAAGACUAUGAAACAGAUAAAACAUUUGAUAAGAUCGCCGAAUCCAUCAAUAGAUAUAUGUCUAAGAAAUAG